GUGACCGCACCUACUUAAAGAUGGACGCCAUCUAUCAUGAGAGGCAACAAGGGCAGUUGUGUGCACAACAUUGUCUUAACAACCUCUUGCAAGGUCCUUAUUUCAAUCCUGUUGGUCUCUCAGAGAUUGCUCAUAGACUGGAUGAGAAGGAGAAGUCUCACUUGACAGAUCGUGAGGACAUAUCACUAGUAGAAAUGACAAAAAUACUUGAACAACCCUCCUCUAAUAUGGAUGACAGUGGAUUCUUCUCAGUACAGGUCAUCAGCGAAGCACUCAAAGUGUGGGACCUGGAACUCCAUCCUCUUUUGUCGGCAAGAAUGUCACAUGCUGCGGAGAAUCCUGUAGAUCAAAAUGCUUUCAUCUGCAAUCAUGAAUUACAUUGGUUUGCUGUGAGGAAGCUUGGCCGACAAUGGUUUGAUCUUGAUUCACUAAAGAAGUCCCCUUUACACAUAACAGACACAUAUCUUAGCCUUUUCCUAGCACAACUUAGAGCUGAAGGUUAUUCCAUAUUUGUUGUCACUGGUAUCCUGCCCACCUCUGAAGCUGAUCAACUAUUAUCUCUUAUCCCGUAUGAACCUCCUCCCCCUCCUCAUUCCUCUGAAGGAAAGGCGGCAAGAGUCUCUAAAAGUCCACAGGAUUUUGAUUCCAUCGAAGAUGAAGAUCUUGCAGAAGCAAUAGCACUUAGUCUAGUGGAGAGCAGAUUUCCUGAUGAUAAGUCGAAAUAGAAUAUUAGUAUUGUUUCAUUGAUUUAUUGUUUUGUCAUUUGCUAUUGUAAUAAUGUCUCUCUUGUUUUUGUUUGUUUGUUUGUUGAUUUUAAACACAAAAU